GUUCCAGUCUCCUUCCCCCUACCGAGGGCUUUUCCGGUUGUUACGGCUCCCUCCCCCUGCUCCGCAAUUUCUCUUAUCAACGAGCAAGGCGGCCAGGAUGGAUAUUGUGAAUCAGUUGGUUGCAGGCGGACAGUUCAGAGUCCUCAAAGUUCCCCUGGGCUUCAUCAAAGCUCUAGAAUGGAUCUUUGCCAUCUUUGCAUUCUCAACAUGUGGGAGUUACUCCGGGAUGUUCAAGAUGAGUGUGGAGUGUAAAAACAGGACCGAGAGCGACCUGAGUAUAGAAGUGGAAUUCGAGUAUCCUUUCAGGCUUCACCAAGUGUACUUUGACGCCCCGACCUGUAAAGGGGGUCCCCCCGAGCGUCUCUUCCUGGUUGGUAACUACUCUUCCUCGGCAGAGUUCUUCGUCACCAUCGGUGUGUUUGCCUUCCUCUACUCCAUGGCUGCCCUCAGCGUCUACGUCUUCGCCCUGGAGAAGUACCGAGAGAACAACAAGGGACCACUCAUCGAUUUUGGCGUGACGUGUGUGUUCACCUUCAUGUGGUUGGUCAGCUCCGCUGCGUGGGCUAAGGGCCUGUCGGAUGUCAAGGCGUCCACGGACCCUGAGAAAGUGGUGGAUCUGAUCUCAGCCUGCGACGAGGAAGGGAACCGCUGUCGUGAAGUUCACGACCCCGUCAUGUCUGGACUCAACACCUCCGUCUGUUUUGGCUUCAUGAACCUGGUGCUGUGGGGAGGAAACCUGUGGUUCGUCUUUAAGGAGACCGGCAUCAUCGCCCCCUUCAUGCGCGCCCCUCCUCCCCAGGAGAAGCAGCCCGCCCCAGACUCGUACGGUCAGCAAGCGGGGUACGAGCAGGACCCGUACGCCGGUUCCCAGGGUGGCUACCAGCCAGAAUACAACCAGCAGCAGCAGGGGUACAACCAGGAGGGCGGAGAGUACGGACAGGCCCCCACCUCCUUCGCCAAUCAGAUGUGAGGGGGAGGAGGAAAGAGGAAGUGUGGAGGCAGCUGGCGACGGAGAGUCAGCGGGGAGAGACUCGAGAGUGUGGUGCCUGAAAACUACAGUACCCACAAUGCCACACUCCUUCCUGUGUGUUUGUUCGUGCAUAUGUCUGUGUGCUGAGUAAAUGAGGGAGGGGGUAGAGAGUUACCUAAACACAAAAACGGAAGGGAGGGGGGAGGGACUAGAUGUUAGUUAUUGUAACUGGGGAAAAAAAGACAGUACAUGAAGAAAAACUUGAACACAAAAUGUGGAAAAAUAUUUAAAAAAUAAAAUUGUAAAAAAAAUUGAUUACAAUGUUGAUAAUAUUAAUAUUAAAAUCUGAGAGAAUGUAUUUGUCUGUGCUUUAUAGAUGUCACUAUGAACAAAUAUAUAGACAAAUAUUUGGUAAUGCUAUGUAUGGAACUAUUCAAAUGUUUGUUUUUGAGUUUAGUAAAUAAAUAAUCGUAACAAUAAUUCUGCCAAACAAUGAUUGCUCCUCCGCGCAACAGUUUGCACUUUUUAAAAUUUUAUUUUGGUACAAAUUCUUCUUUGUAAUUUUGAUCCAAUUUUUUAUUUGAUUAAUCUGCUUGUUUAGAUGUGUUUCUACAUCGGUGAGAUUACAGAGGAACAGAGAAGAGGUUGAUGGACUAAAACCAGUGUCAUUAUAUAUACACGGGCCAUGAAACAAAUCAAACACGACCAAAAGAGUCAUUAAGGAAUCAUUGGUUUAUUGAUAUUUUUCUUCCCUCAGUCUAAGCUUUCUGAACCUUGUUUUGGUUGAACUUGUAAAGCCCAAGCAUUACAGUAGGAAUACAGUAAAGAACAUGCAUUACAGUAGGAAUACAGUAAAGUCCAUGCAUUACAGUAGGAAUACAGUAAAGAACAUGCAUUACAGUAGGAAUACAGUAAAUUAUGAACUGCUAGAGGAGCAUGGUACCGUUGAAUAUUCAUCUAGUACAAUGCUCUCUCUCUCUCUCUCUCUGUCUCUCUCUCUCUGUCUCUAUCCGUCUCUUUCUCUCUCUCUUUAUCCGUCUCUCUCUUUCUCUCUCUUUAUCCGUCUCUCUCUCUCUGUCUCUCUCUCUCUCUCUCUCUCUCUCUCUGUCUCUCUCUCUCUCUCUCUCUCUCUCUCUCUCUCUGUCUUUAUCCGUCUUUAUCCAGCAUGACACACGUCUGCACCCCUUGGAUCUCUUAGAGCAAAGGGGUAGUGCCAAUUCAGGAAGUGAUUUGAUAUUCAGUUCCUGAUUGGACAAAAAAUUAGCAUCUUGUAUUUCAAACCCGCUUCCUUGUAUCGACUUCCUGUACUGACUCUGUUAUAACCCAGUAAUGAUCUACUGUAGUAUUUAUCCUUCCAACUAGAGAGAGGCAGAUGUGAUGAUCCUUUACAUAUCAGACUGCUUGUUUAGAUGUCCUGAAGACUCCAGCUCGCUGAAACUGCAACAUGACACCGUGCCAGACCAUUUACUGACUCUGAAGUUUAGUUUCAGUUUGUGCAAAGUUUUACUCUUGAUAUAGAAACGAAACAUUCCAAAACACACACCUCUCUCUCCCCCUCUCCCACCUUUCUCUCUUUCUCUCUCUCUCUUUCUCUCUCUCUCUCUCUCUCACACUGCACCACAUACUAUGUUAAGUUUCUCUUUUAUAAAUAUGCUAUUCAGAUACUCUGUUGUUGGUGGUGUUUGAUGUGUCUUGUCUCAAUGCCUUGGGUUGUGCUGUAUUUAUUGUGUAUGAUAUAUAUAUAUUUAGCAUUGAUGAUGAUGUUGACAACAAUGGUUACUUAUGGCUAAACAACAGGUUGACCAAAAUGACCCUGAAAUCUGUUGUCUUCUUCUAUGGAAUCCAUGUGGGGGAAAACUGUCAAUAAAGAGGAUGUUAUCAUGGG